AAAAUCGUUCAGGGGGUGAUUUGAUGAUCUAUACAUUAUAUAAAAAUACCUAACCCACAUUAAUUUAAUUUGUUCAAAAAUGUCGACAAGCUCAAUAAUUUCUCCACGAAAAUUAAUCGAGUUUACAUUCAUAUUGUUAAAUUCUCCUAAAUUAAUUCAUUUGAAAAACUUUAUAUUUAUUAUAGUAUUAUAUCGCUAUGGUUCUAUUAUAUUAAAUAAAAUUGCCGUUCAAGGACUACGUCGCACCUGUAUAGAUUUUUAUCUUGUUAUUGGUGGUGCAGUCUUUAAGUUAAUAAUAAGUACACCUGGGGCAAAAGGCAAAAUUCAAGCUGAACUUGAUAAAACAAUAAAAGAGUUAGAAGAAAAAAUUGCCCCAAAAGAACCGGGUGUACCAAGAUAUCUUUCAUUACCUGAUGUUGGUUUUAGUGAUACUCGAAUAAGAGAAGAAAUGAAAAGAUAUCAGGAUAUGAAUAGUAAUGUAAAAUGGGAGGAUGGUCGGGUAUCUGGUGCGGUAUAUCAUGGAGGCAAAGAUCAUUCAAAAAUACUUAAUGAAGCAUAUUCAGCAUUCUCUGUAAGUAAUCCUUUGCAUCCUGACGUAUUUCCUGGUAUAAGAAAAAUGGAUGCUGAAAUUGUCGCGAUGGUACUUGACAUGUAUCACGCACCAAAUAGUGCAGGAGGAACUACAACUUCAGGAGGUACUGAAAGUAUCUUGAUGGCAUGUAAAGCAUAUCGCGACUGGGCAAGAAAUGAGAAAGGAAUUACUGAACCUGAAAUGGUUGUACCGGAAACUAUACACGCAGCAUUCGAUAAGGCAGCUGGUUAUUUUGGAAUUAAAAUUAUAAAAAUUCCAAUUGAUCCUAGCGAUUAUCGUGUCGAUACCAAAGCUGUUAACAGAGCAAUUAAUAAAAAUACGGUUAUGAUUGCAGGCUCAGCACCUAAUUUCCCACAUGGAAUAAUUGACGACAUCCCUACAUUAGCAGCAAUUGCCAAAAAACAUAACAUAGGUAUGCAUGUUGAUUGUUGCUUGGGUAGUUUUUUGGUGCCAUUUUUGGAAGAAGCGGGAUUUCCUGCUCAACCUUUUGAUUUCAGAAUCGAUGGAGUAACUUCAAUAUCGUGUGACACGCACAAGUAUGGAUUUGCGCCAAAAGGUUCUUCAGUGAUCAUGUAUCGUACAAAAAGCCUUCGCAAAUAUCAAUAUUUUUUUUGUCCAGAUUGGACGGGAGGAAUUUAUGCAUCACCUACAAUUGCCGGAUCACGCCCUGGUGCGUUAAUUGCCGGAUGUUGGGCAUCUUUAAUGAGAAUGGGAAGAAAUGGUUAUAUUGAUGCCACAAAAAAGAUUGUAGGAUGUGCGAAGACAAUUGAAGCUGGAAUCAGUCAAAUGGAUGAUCUAUUUGUAUAUGGAAAACCACUCGUAUCGGUAGUGGCUUUCGGUUCAAAGACACCUAAGACACUAAAUGUUUAUGACAUUAGUGAUAAAAUGUCCGCCAAAGGAUGGAAUUUAAAUUCAUUGCAAAAUCCACCAGCGGUUCACAUUGCAUGUACUUUGCUUACAGUAGAUCAUGCCGACCAAUUUUUGCAGGACCUUAGAGAUUCUAUUAAUGAGGUCAAGUCUGAUCCGAACAGAAAAUCAUCUGAAACUGCUGCUAUUUAUGGAUUGGCGGCUAGUAUACCGGACAAGUCGAUCGUAAAUGAGGUUGCUUGUGGAUUUUUAGAUGCAUUAUAUUCCGCAUGAUUUCGAUUAGCUCGAAAGCACUUCCGAUUGAGUUCAUUAUUAUCAAUUUACUUUGUUCAAUUCUUUUCGUAAAAAAAAAAAAUUUUACAUGUGAUUUUACGUUUAAUAUAUAAACAAAAUAAAAUAGUACCACUUUUAAGCAAAUGUUGAUCAUACUUUAAUCGCAUAAUAACCGGGAAAUAUUAAACUAAAUUAAGUUACAUUCACAUUUUGGUGAAUCAUUUAAUAAUAAUCUGUUUGAUCCUUAUCAAAAAGUAUGAUUGUUUAUCUUAGCAAUCUUUUUUAAA